AAACAAACCCACAAAAUAUGUAUAACGUUUUAAGCGGGAUUUUGACUGCACUUGUAGUAUAAACACCCUGACUUAACUGUGAUUGGAGAUCCCUGUGUACAGGGAUGUACGGAGAUUUUCCGAAUGUCUGUGACCCAGGCUAAGCUUCUCAGGGACUGCAACGAUGCCAUUAUAAGCCCUAUCUUCAAAGAGAGCAACAGGCAAUUGAUAUCUAACUACCGGCCGGUAAGUCUGACAUCCAUAAUAGCAAAGGUAUUGAAAACAAUUAUAGGGGACCAGCUAUUACCUCAUGUGGAAAAAACAUGGCUUGCUGGUGAUUGAAUGGCAUGGAUUCCGACCGGGACGAUCCUGCCUGACAAACCCACUGUUGGUGUUAUCUACUCUCACUCGCAGUGUGGUAAUUCAAAUAUGUCCUCCCCUGAUGACCUAAAGAAUUAUUUGAGGACAGCACUCAAUGACGAUGGGUUUCUUAACGAAGUUAAAGCGGACAUUUUAAAGAAGAUUUUUGAGAAAAUCAAAAGUCAAUUACCUGAAAUAAAGACCUCACCUGCUUCAGAUAUACACUCAAAUGUGAAAUUAAUAAUUAAUGAAUUAAUUCUUGAGUAUCUAAACUUUGAAAGUUUGUCAUUUAGUGAAUCCGUCUUUCGUACAGAAUCUGGUCAUGGAAACGUUCACAGUUUACCUAGACGAUUUCUAUGUCAAGCUUUGCAGAUAAAGCCUACUGUCAAUAUUAAAUCUCUUACAACACAGAAUCCAAGUAGUGAAUCGAAUGCCACCAAAUCGCCUAAUGAAUUAAUUGAACAACCAAUUCCACUACUUUACUACAUUGUACAUUACCUCAUGGUAAAUGGUUUAGACAAGACGCAUAAUCAUAAAUCAGAUUACAAUGCUAUAUCCCAAGAAAGCAGAUCAAUCAAUUCUCGAUUAAUGAAUAAUUACAGUACUACUGCUAGUAAUAAUGACUUAGGGAAAAUGACUAGUACUGCCCCAUUAUCAUUUAAUCAGAAUUUCUCUUCUUCUUCUUCUUCUCCUCCUCCUCUUACUGCUCAUCAUCAUUAUCAUCCAGUUUCUUCUCAGGAAAAACACAUCCAUUUUGACCCUGAACAUGUAUCGAUUUAUGAAGAUCCAUGUGUAAAUCAUGCAUCAAAUUGUACAAAUUCUGAAUCUGAUUUGUAUUAAAUCUUAAUUUGCAUAAAUUGUGUAUAUUCAUUCUGAAAUUAGCGUAAACUCUGAAAAGAUGUAGGAUCUCAUGAACCCUUCAGGCAGCAACUGGGCAUUGUUUGAGAUGGUUCUCCC